AUGUUCUCAAAGCUUAAGCUGAGGAAAGCACCACUUUCUCUUGGUUCAGUUUCAAAUAUCAUUAAAACGUCAGGAGCUAAAGAUCUUUCACCUGAUGGAAUUAAAGCCAAAAAUAUUGAUUUAAAAGUAAUUAAUCAAUUAGGUAUUCCUAAACAAUCAAUAGUUGCAGUUGCUUACGAUCCUGUUCAAUCUUUAUUAGCUGUCUCUACAACUAAUAAUGAUGUUAGAGUAUACGGACAAGUAAAUGUUGAAGUUAUAUUUGAAUUUAAUAUCAAACAUCCAAUUACAUUUUUACGGUUUGUUAAAGGGGUUUAUUUGGUAUGUUCUUCACCAGGUACUGGUUUAACUAUUUUAUCAUUACAUUCAAAGACAAUAUUAGGUACGCAUCUGUUUUCAGGUGCUGUAACUGCCAUUGAGGCAGAUCCGGCGUUAGAUUGGUUGAUUUUAGGAUUGAGCAAUGGAAGUUUAAUGGUUUAUGAUGUUGAUCGAUUAAAUUUAACUCCAUUUAGAGUUGAUAAUUUACAGAAAAAGAUCUUACCCAAGGAGAAAAUGUCUCCAGUCGUAUCCAUUGAAUGGCAUCCUCGUGAUAUUGGAACUGUAUUGAUUGCUUAUUCCCAUUGUGCAGUUGUUUAUUCGUUAGCUUCCGGAGAAAUUAAAAGUGCAAUGGUAUAUCUGAUUUCAAAAGGUUGUCGUGCAUAUGAUUAUUCAUCAUAUAUUCUUAAUGGAGGUAAAAAGAAAUUAUUUGGAAGUUCUAAAGAUAUUGCUCCAGAAGUUAAAGAAGCUCAUUUCCAUCCAAAUGGUUUACAUGCAGUUACUGUUCAUGUUGACAAUACCCUUGUAUUCUGGGAUGUUCCCAAUGCCACUGUUUUAGAAGCAAGAACUAUAUUCGAUACUCAUAUUCAUAAACCUGGUCAACCUUUGGAAGUCCCAGAAGCUUUUAAUCCAAUUGAACAAGUUAAAUGGAUUUGUGGAGAAGAUCCAGAAAAUACAAAAUUAAUUAUUUGUGGUGGUGAUCCUCAUAGUACUAAUCUCCUUCAUGUAUUGGAUUUCGGAUAUACCUUAAAAUAUUCCUUAACAUCUUAUGAUAAACAAUCUGAAUUUUAUGCUCUGCCAACAUCAGGACAAAGAAUGAUUCCAAUCACAUUCUAUCUCAAUAAAACUGAUCAAGUUGAAAGAUUAACCACAAUCCAACCAAUAACAACUAAUGGGUCCCCAUAUUUCCAUGGAGGUCAUGAUCCGGAAUAUUUAUUAUUGAUUUCCAAUUUACGACAAGUUUAUUUAAUCACAUUUUCAGAUUCUGCUGGUGGGCAAGGUAAUAGUGAUUUAGGUUCUGUUAUAUUACCUAUUUCAUUCUCAUUCAUUCAUCCGCCAUUAUGUUCUUAUGACGUCGUGGAAGUUCAAAGAGUAGAUUGGUAUAGUAUUUUAUCCAAUCGAGUCUCAACUGGGUCCAAUUCUCGUAUGACACCAUUAUUAACCGGUGGUGCAGCAGUAAAUCUCGGGUUCUUACCCAGAUCUAUCGGGAUGAAUGACUCACUUCGGAAUAUUCUUGUCAUGGGUCAUGAAGGUGGAUUAGUUAGAUUCCUAGAUGUGACUAAAGGAGAACAAGGAGAAAUGGAAUCCGUGGUCCAAAUCGGUCUUCGUGAAACAUUAUAUGACUACGGUGAACCAAAAGCACUUCGUGUCCAACAUGUUUCUUGUGCAUUCCAGAAUCGAGAAUUAUUAGUUGGAUUAGCAACUGGAGAAGUUGUCAUUUGUAAAUUUGGUAAGAAUCCAAACCGAGGUGCUGGAAAUCACACUGGAAAGACAUAUGCUGAUUCUCCGGUGGCUUUUCUGAGUGGAAAUGCCAAAUUAUUGGAUUUGAGAGGUAGAAUCCUGGGAUCAAUUACCCUGUCAGCAUCCUUCUUACCUCUGUAUCUCCUUCAAUUGGAUCCACUUGAGGAAAUCUCAGUUAUGAAGAUGAGUAAUGUCGGAUUUGCAGCUGUUGGGUAUACUUCUGGUAGAUUGGUCGUUUGUGAUAUUUCCCGUGGUCCGGCGGUGAUUCUUAAUUUGGAAAGCAUUCUGCAACAUUUAGUUUCUGUUUCUGGGAAUUGUUAUCCUACUUCUAUUGAGUUUGCAAUUAUGGAAUAUGGAACUGAUGGAUAUUCUUCCAUUUUGUUAUUAGUGGGUACUAAUUGUGGAGGGAAUUUACUUAUUUUUAAGAUUAUCCCAAUGGCCAAUGGAGGAUUUGAAGCUGUAUUUGCUGAUAAAACUAUUCAUUUGAAUUAUAGAAGUAGUGAUGGGAAUGCAGAAGCUUCUAAGAUUUCUCAAUUGAUUCCAAUUAGAGCUGAAGAUGGAUCAUCGGCAGUUGCAGAGAUGACAACAUUCAAUAAAUUAAGCCAAGGGAUUGUAGUUCCUGGGUAUGUCAUUGCCACAUCCGAUCGGGAUAUUAGAGUACUUAAGGUCCCUAAGACGAAAUUAUCCCAUAAAGUGGUUGACGAGACCUGCUUCAAAUGUAAUGUUGUCAAUUAUCAAGAUCAAGGAGUAGUAUUGGCAAUAUUAAUGAAAUCAGAGUUUGUUAAAUUCUGUUCAUUGCCCUCACUUACUGAUAUAGUAGAUAUAAGAAUGCCCAAGGAAGUUUAUUCAAAAGUGAAAUCAUCAUUAGAUUCUGGACUUGCAGAACAUUCCGAUCUUUUAUCAUCAGGUGAAUUAUUUGUUCGUUCUUCCAAAACUGAAUCCGUUUAUGUAUCAACUUAUGAAAAGGGUCGUUCUAAAGACAAACCAACUACUGAUUUAUUAUUCAAUGAAACUGCCGUUAUCCCACCUCGUCCAACCGCAGGUGCAUUACAAUGGGCUAAAGGACAGUCCACAGCUAUGACUGUUGACGAUCUAUCACUCUUGAUUGCAGGACCAAAUAGAAAACCAACCAAGAAUCCAGAGUCUCAAUUAGCGCAUAAUAUUAGCCCAGAAGCUAAUGUUAGUCAAGGAUACGGUGGAUAUAAUAUACUGGGAGCAAGAGGCGGUCAGCAUUCUGAUAAACCAUAUGAUGAACCUGUUAGACGAACAGGCACGAGUGGUCUGGCUGGCGGUGUUGGUACUCAAGGGUUUAUGAAGAGAAUUCAAGAGGGAAUACAGAGUGUGGAAGAGACUUUUAAUGAUUAUGCUAAUAAUGCCAGCGAGGCUGUGACAGGUACUGUUGAAGAACAAAAGAAGAAUAUGUAUAGUUCUGCUUUUAAAAGUAAGUUUGGAUUUUAG